GGCCUGCAGCUCCUGAUCUCCGGGCGCGGCCAUGUUGGAGGCUCAGGGCCCAUGCCAUGGCUGGGCGCCCCGGAGACCGAAUCCGAGCAGAGCCAGCUGCGCGGGACAGAUGUUGGAAGUGCGAAGAGGGCUGUACCUGGGUGGGGCCGCGGCCGUCGCGGAGCCAGACCGUUUGAGGGAGGCGGGCAUCACGGCCCUGCUGACGGUGGACUCGGAGGAACCCGGCUUCAUGGCGGGGGCUGAGGUCGAGGGUCUUCGGAAACUCUUCGUGCCAGCGCUGGACAAACCCGAGACCGACCUGCUCAGCCAUCUGGACCGGUGCGUGGCCUUCAUCGGCCAGGCUCGCGCCGAGGGCCGUGCAGUACUGGUGCACUGUCAUGCAGGAGUCAGUCGAAGUGUUGCUAUAAUAACUGCUUUUCUGAUGAAGACUGACCAACUUACUUUUGAAAAAGCCUACGCAGACCUCCAGACUAUCAAACCAGAAGCUAAGAUGAAUGAGGGAUUUGAAUGGCAAUUGAAAUUAUACCAAGCAAUGGGAUAUGAAGUAGAUACUUCUAGUGCAAUUUAUAAGCAAUAUCGUUUGCAAAAGGUUACAGAAAAGUAUCCAGAAUUACAGAAUUUACCUCAAGAACUCUUUGCUGUUGACCCAACCACGAUUUCACAAGAAUUGAAAGAUGAGGUUCUCUACAAGUGUAGAAAGUGCAGGCGAUCUUUAUUUCGAAGUUCUAGUAUUUUGGAUCAUAACGAAGGAAGUGGGCCUAUAGCCUUUGCCCACAAGAGAAUGACACCAUCUUUCAUGCUUACCACAGGAAGUCAGGUUCAAUGUACAUCUUAUUUCAUUGAACCUGUACAGUGGAUGGAAUCUGCUUUUUUGGGAGUCAUGGAUGGACAGCUUCUUUGCCCAAAAUGCAGUGCCAAGUUGGGUUCUUUCAACUGGUAUGGUGAACAGUGCUCAUGUGGUAGAUGGAUAACACCUGCUUUUCAAAUACAUAAGAAUAGAGUGGAUGAAAUGAAAAUGCUGCCAGUUUUGGGAUCACAAACAAGAAAAAUAUGAACUUAUGAUAUUUGAUAGCUGGGGAAGUAAUCUGAUAUGUGUUAGCCUUGCCUGUUAUCAUUCAUGGCAGAUUAUUCGUUUCUAGGCCAUUCACAUUUGAAAUGUGUACUUGAUGUGACAUGGAACUAUGCUUUGUUAGUUUACUACAUGAUAGAACUAGAAUACAUGGCAAAGCUUUUUAAUCAUGUAGAUUUUAUUUGAUAUUAAAAUCUUUUAUAACCCAGAUACUUUGUUUCACAGUUUUUAAAAGCUCUGAUUUUUGGAAUGUUUGUUACAUGAUCUUAAGAUCUGGAUGGACAAUUGCAUAUAGAAUUUGAAACCACUGUAUUUAGAUAGGUAUUAUUUUAUUUACAGAAAGGUAAAGCAGCUUUGUUUGGACAUAUUUUGAAAUUAUUUCUCUCUUUUACGGAGUAUUGGUAAAUUCACAUAUGUCUGGAUUUUUUUUUUCUUGGAAAUGUAAAGGAAAGGCCAUUAGUAAAUACUGAUUAAAAUGUGGCUUUCAUACUACUUUUCAGUAAUCCUAGUUAUCUACAGUUUUACAAAAGCCUGUUUGAGAUACCUCUUGAAGUGAUCUACAUAAACAUUAAUGUUAGGUAUAUUUUUAAUGAUGAAGAAAAAAUGUGGACUUACUAUACCUAUAUCAACUAGUUUUUUAGCCCAAUAUGCUUGAGUAUUAGAAAGGAUACUAUGCAGGCUCAGUGGCUCAGCCUGAAAUCCCAGCUCUUUGGGAGGCUGAGGCUAAUAGAUUGCCUGAGACCGCGGGUUCGAGAAAGGGUACUGUGUCCAGAUUAGCUUGUUUAACCUGAUUUCUAGAAACUAGAAUUAUUUUACUAAUUAUUAAGUUGGAAUUGGACUUAAUUAGAUAUUUGAACAUUUAUGUGAAAUCAGAAUUAACUAAUAAAGAGAAAUACAGCCCAUGUCCUUAAGACA